AUGAAUGAAGAGGUGUACAAGCGUGUUCGCGAUCGCGUCAAGGAAUACAAUUUGUCAGAACAAGAGAUCCGAGCCAUCGACAAGGCUAGACGAGAAGUGAAUACUCACACUACCUUGGGUGGAUUCACUGGCGCAUUGGCUGCUUUCUUCUUAGGUAAACGGAAGCGGUUUGCGCCGUUGCAAGUUUUUGCCCUUGCAGGUGGAGGUUUCCUCAUAGGUUCCCAAAUGGGCCUUAUAUCGGGUUCGCUGGCGGGCGUGAGAGCUAUCAAAGAACUACCAGAUCCACAACGUUUAGUCAAUCUUGUCCGCGAAGUACAAAAGGAAAUGAUACAAUCCCGUGGCCAGCCAUCGGCGUUACCGCAGGCACCGCAACGAACAAUUGACUCUGGCUCGGCACAAAACGAUAGUGUAGACAACUCUUAUUUCAAUGAAUUCUCAUUGGAUGAGACAGAAGACCAUAACCGGUUGUCAAAUGAGUUCGAAAGCGACAAAGAUGCACCUGAAAAGCAGCAAGAGCUCUUAAAUUCAGUACUUCAGCAGCAACAUCAGCAACAAAAACCACGUCAAGAAAGCGCUUGGGAUAAGAUACGGGCUCAAAAUGCACCCGAUAACACAUGGGCUCGACUACGAAUGGAAGCACAAAAGAAUCCCGAUGGUAUAGAUGGUCGCACUCAAACACGUGCUGAUGUUGCAAGGGACUUACAAGAAAGGAGUAAAAACGAAGUGGAUAGUCUCCCAAGGACUCGUGAGGAAGUAGAACAUCGCCACAAUGGUCCUGUACGUACUAAUCGUUGGGGUGACCCUAUUGAAUAA